UGGUAUUUUAACAAAAGGGUAUUCCUCAAAAUUGUCUAACUCAUGGAAAAUUUGUCUUUCGGGUAUUUUAAGAUUUGUUUUGUUUUCUUUGAAACUAUUGGUUUGGUUUGUGGUUUCAGCAUGUGAAAUCGGUGAAGUCAAAUCAAGCCACAGUAGUUUUUUCCUUUUCUUUUCUUCAUAUAUUCUUACAUGUAUGUAUGAUCAAAGAAAAUUUCAUUGUAAAUAGUAUGAAUCUAACUUCACCAAUUUUUCAGGUCUUCCCUAUUUCUAUUGUAUUUUUCUUUGAAUUUGAAUUUGAAAAAACUCAUUAGGUUUCACAUUGACUUUUCGUGCUGAGUGAUUUCAUCUUGAAGAAAAAUUUGAUUUUGAUCAAGUGAUUCAUGUUUAAAAGAAAAAUACGGUUUAAAAUUUGGGUUGCGAACGAGAAUUUCCCGAAAUCGUAGGGUUGUUUUGACAAAUUUGUUUUCUUUUACCCCCUUAAGCUUGAAAAUGUCUCUAGCAUUAUACAUACUUGAUAUUAUGACCUUAGUGUUUCUUCUUCUGAAUUACAAGACAAUUUACCAAUUUUUUACUUAGAAAAAAGAAACACUAUCUUUGGUUUACACUGCAAAUAGAAGGGCAAGGCAACCAUGUUCUUACUGCCCUGGCUCCUUGGAAGCUUGCUGCAUUGUACUCUCCAUUGGCUUCUAGGUUAAAGUUUAAACAAAGAAAAAGAUAUUGAAGAAAAUUAUGCACUAUUAAAAAAAAAAAAUACAAGAAGAAUAUAGAAACAGGAUUUGAUUUCUUACUAAAAAGAUAUUUGUUUUUUCAAUUGAGAUGAGAUAAUUCUUUAAAUACAAAAAUAAUUACUAACAUCAAAGUAUAUCGUCUACUACGUGUCUUGCUGGCUUUGUUCAUAUUUUAAAAAAUUCAUAAUAAUAUAGAUCGUGUUGUGCUAGCUCAUAAAAAGAUAUGGGUCGCGUUUUAUCGUGCCAUUAUUUUAAAGGGUAAGCCCAUACAGUUUGUAAACUCACAUUUUCGUGUCAUGCUUGGACUCGUGUCGUCCUUUACUUGGGUCCGCUCGUAUAAAUUUAUAUGCAAUUACUACUUGAUAUCCAAACAUAUAUUGUAUUCACUAUUGUAUUUAAUUUGUAUCCAUUUAUCAACUAUUAUUUACUACAUCACCAUAGAAAAUUUAAAGCAAAAAUACUAAUUAUUCAUAUUGAGUAAUUUGUGGCGGAAAUAUUUAAAUUUAACUCUUGGUUAUAGAUAAAUACUUGAGUUUAACUUUUAACGGUAAUAAUUAUAUUUCUGAAACUUCUGUAAGUACCUAACUGUUAAGUGUAAGUCAAUAGUAACGUGACAUUCUUUUUUUUUUUUUUUGAAAGAAGUAUAUCUUUAUUAAUCAAAUGUCCUUUGAAAUUAAAGACAAUAAAUUAGCAGGAAUGGAAUUCCUACUAAUAGUACAACCAGCUUUAGAAUAAGAGUCUCUUUCAAGGAAAUUGGCAACCUUAUUCGCAUAUCGUUUAACAAAAAUAACAGACACAUUUUUAAGAACGGACAACAAAAGUCUAGACUCAUUAAUAAUGGUACCAUAUGGAGAGAUUAUAUGAAUUUUGCUUCGCAGAGAAUAGACAAUAUUAAUCAGUUUAUUUCAACUAGAACAUAGCUCCAACAACACUAGGUUUGCAAGCUUAGAAGGCUUCAAUGAGGAAGCCAUCAUUAUCUCUUGCUACAAAACCAUCGCCAAAAUGAUUCUGAUCAACAAAAGUUGCUCCGUCUACAUUAACCUUGAUCUGAGAGUAAAUUGGUUUAGACCAUUGCUCAAGUCUAUUGCCAUCUAUUGGAGAAGACAGGGAAUGAAUAAGUGACAAAGAUUGAACAAAUUUCCAUUGAUCAAGAGUGAGUUUAGCAGGAGUCAUAACUUUGUUUACAAAAGGUUGAAUGUUGUUCCAAAUGAGAUCAUUUCGACUUUGCCAUAAAGCCCUGUGCCUUCAAUGGUGUCUCUAAGGGAUCCAAAUGCUUUCCUCCACCAGCUUUGUGGGAAGCUACAACUAGUGAACAUAAAUCAUUAAAUUUUUAUUUUUUAUUAAAAAAUAAUUUGAAUAUACGUGGCAAAUUACUUCAUAUUUACAUAACAACGUUUCCUAGUGUGAAAAAUAAAUGAAUUGUGGUAGUUAAGUUUAGUAUGAACAAAACUUUGUUAACUUCAAUUUCAAUCACACACAGCCCAUCAUGUCUUCUUCUUCGUCUUCUCCAAACAUGUUCAACAAUGGAACACCUCAACCAAAUCCAUGCUCAUACCAUUACUCAAGGCCUCUCUCGUUUCACCUACAUCGCCAGCAAGCUCUUAGCUUUCUCUGCAUCAUUAUCAUCAUCAAACUCCGGCCACUUAGGUUACGCCCAGAAACUUUUCGAUCAAAUCACCACACCCAAUGUCUUCGAUUUCAAUUCCAUGCUAAUGGGCUUCUCCAAAAUCUCAAAUUUCGAAAAGGGUCUCUCCCUUUAUACCAAAAUGAGAAGAAUCGGCGUUGACCCUAAUUCUCGUACCUUCACAGUUUUGGUCAAGGCUUGUUUUGUUGUGAGUUUGCUUGGUCAACUUCAUGGUCAGAUUGUGAGGUUUGGGCAUUGUUCUGAUGCUUAUGUUACUAGCUCUGUGAUCAGUACUUAUUCCAAGUUUGGAUCGAUGGAGUUAGCUCGUCGUGUUUUUGAUCAAAGUGUUGAUAAGAAUGUGGUUUGUUGGACUAGCUUAUUGAGUGGGUACUGUAAUAAUGGUUUGAUUAGUGAAGCACGUCAAGUGUUCGAUGAAAUGCCUAUGAGAAAUGAUGUUUCUUAUAGUGCAAUGGUUUCUGGGUACGUAAGGAAUAAUUGUUUCUAUGAAGCAAUUGAGUUGUUUCGUGAGUUGAAGACUUGUUCGAAUGUGAAUCUAAAAGGGUCUCUUUUGGUUAGUGUUCUUAAUGCUUGUGGUUCAGUUGGAGCAUUUCAAGAAGGGAAAUGGGUUCACUUGUUUAUAGACAAAAUUGGUAUUGAAUAUGAGCUUGAGCUAUCUACUGCUUUGAUUGAUUUCUAUGCAAAAUGUGGGUUUAUUAGAGAUGCUCAAGAAGUAUUUGACAAAAUGGGUUAUAAAGAUGUAACAGCAUGGACAGCCAUGAUUGUGGGGCUAGCUGUUAAUGGCGAAAACUAUUUGGGGCUUGAGCUUUUCAGGGAAAUGGAAGAGAAGGGACCGAAACCAAAUGCAGUGACAUUCAUUGGUGUUCUCACUGCUUGUAACCAUGAAACUUUGGUGGACAAAGCAUGGCUGUUUUUAGGACGAAUGUUUAAAGUUUACCGAAUAUCGCCCGAGAUCGAACACUAUGGCUGUAUGGUUGAUCUCUUGGCACGUUCAGGAAGAGUAAAAGAGGCAGAAAUGUUGAUAAAGCAUAUGCCAAUGAAACCAGAUGGAGCCAUUUGGGGGUCAAUGCUAAAAGGGUGUUUAGUGCAUGGCUAUGUAGAGUUAGGAGAGAUGGUGGGAAAGGUUUUGAUUGAAUUAGAGCCUAAACAUAGUGGAAGGUAUGUAGUUCUAGCUAAUAUGUAUGCCACAAUUGGUAGUUGGGAAGAAGUGAUUAGGGUGAGGAAAAUGAUGAAGGAGAGAGAUGUUGUCACCAUCUCUGGUUGGAGUUUCAUUGAGAUUAGUGGUGUAGUACAUAAAUUUGUAGCUGAUGAUAAGUCUCAUUCUCAGUCGAGGAAUAUCUACUGUGCUUUGGAUCAACUGAAAAGGGAGCUUAAAAGUUCAUCCAUAGCUCAAUUUUCAACCAUGUAUUUUUAGUUUAUAAUAGUAAAGAUUAUUCAGUCC